AUGCAUCAAACCUCGUCCAGACUCCUCCGGAUGACCGACGACGAUCGGCCAUUCACCAGGGAUUUCAAGGACCUCUUCUCCACGCUCAUGGUUUCCCUGCCGCUGGGCUCGCACCGCGUAAGAUGGCAAAAGGUCGACCACAGUUUCACCUCGGAAGAGGCCAUGACCAACCUUGGCUCUCUUAAGUUCUCGCAAUCGAACCGUAUGCCUGAUCCGAAGGACCCGUCGAGGAUUGUCACGACGACCACCACAACCACAUUCUCAAUGGCGAAGGAAAUGGCUCGCUCGGUUUGCCAGAAAUUCUUGGAGGCCCGUUUCAUCGAAUCGGCCGAAGGCAAGACGGAUUUCCUGUCAAAGACUUCGGUUUGGCAAUUGACGCCAAAGGGUAUGCAUGUGCUGCAGAGAUUCUGCCAGCGCAACGGUAUCAACCAGAAGCACGUCUACGAGGUCCUGGAUUCGCCGCGGAACGUCAUGCAUCUGGUCAUCCUCGAGCGUGAGAACGGAAGCGACAAGAUCAACCACGACACCGCCACCAUCGAGGUCGUGUUCCGUCGCUUCGUUGGCCCUGAAGGUCCUAACGCCAAGGCUAACACCGCGCAAGCUGAUUCGGAUUCGCUGAACGAGUACUCCACUGGUAUGAUUGGUGUCAAGAUGGCUAGGGAGCGUAAGAUUGGUGACAAGAUUUACAUGAACACUUUCACCGGCAAGUCUGCGGUGGAUUGGCUCAUGGACUGCUCUACCAUGGUCGACAGGAGAGAGGCAUUCGAGAUGUGCUCUAACUUCUUCGAGUACGGCCUGAUGGCUCCAGUUGAGAUUCUGCCCAACAACAACCGUUUCCAGGCCACCAAGAGCGCCAUUUACUACGUUACCGAGAAGGGCCAGAGGGUUGCGGGCUGGAUAUCGAGCCCCAAGAACUCGAUGAACGGCGAUAGCAUUGGCAACAGGCCUCGCGAAGGUACCACUAGGGACUCCAACGCCAACCGGAUGACUGUCAUCAUUCGCGACCCUGCCCUGCGCCUGCUUUUCAGGGAAUUCCUUCGCGAGACGCACUGCGAGGAAAACUUGUCUUUCUACCUUGAUGUCCGCGAGUUCCUCAACAGCUACAGGGCUACCAAGAAGGUCGAGGACUCGCCCAAGCUCGAGGUCAUCAGGGAAACCCUGGCCGCAGCUUACAGUCUUUACAAUGCCUUCCUUGCUCCGGGCUCGCCUUGUGAGCUUAACAUCGACCACAGCUUGCGGACGGCCUUGGCUGCCCGCAUGACCCGUGCUGUGGGAGACGACGAGGCCAUGGUUCGCAGUCUGGAUGAGGUUGCCACUCUCUUCGACCAGGCACAGAACUCUGUCUUCAAGCUCAUGGCUAGUGACUCUGUCCCCAAGUUCAUGAGGGAACCGAAGUACGCUUCGGUCAUCCGUGACCGCAACCUGGAUGCUGCUGCUGCUGUUGCUGCGGCGUAA